UGAGGUAGGAAGAAUUUCUGAAACCCAUCGAUCGGUGACCGCUUCAGUCGCACUGGUGUCGGCGAAUUGAAGCCAGCGGCGUCGGCGAUUCGAUUCUCGAUUGUCAAGGAACGAAAAUUUGUUCUGAAAUCGGUAGAACUUUUUCCUACGAAUCUGGUUUUUGUUUCCUGUGGAGGAAGAGGGAGUUUUAAUCAAGAACGCUGCAGUCUCCACUUAGCAAUUAGGUCAAAUCUUCUGUGACAAUUUUGAUUCUCGCCGCUCCUUGUUUGGAGUUCUGUAAUGGCGUCUGCCGUUUUCUCCAGAGCCGUCUUUGCUGGCCGUACUAUUCAGUCUGUUUUUUCAGCUUCAUCGCGAUUCCGAGGACCGCAGCUGCUUGCUUCAGUUCCCGCCAAGAGAUCAUUUCAGCCAGGGUUCGUACUCUCGCGCUUGGCAUGUCAAACUCUAGGGUCCAUUUCUCGUUGCGUAUCUACAUCGGCAGUUGCAUCGCAAGCUUCAUUCUCAUCCCAGUCCUUAUCCACUAAUGAGCCUGUUGUUUCAGUUGAUUGGCUCCAUGCAAAUCUCCGAGAGCCGGAUGUCAAGGUGUUGGAUGCUUCUUGGUACAUGCCAGAUGAAAGGAGAGACCCACUCCAAGAGUAUAAGGUUGCUCAUAUUCCCGGUGCAGUUUUCUUUGAUGUUGAUGGCAUAUCAGACCAAAAUACUAAUUUGCCACACAUGUUACCAUCUCAAAAAGCAUUUGCUGCUGCGGUUUCAGCUCUUGGGAUUGAGAAUAAAGAUGGGCUUGUCGUUUAUGAUGGAAAAGGAAUUUUUAGUGCAGCUCGUGUUUGGUGGAUGUUUCGAGUAUUCGGGCAUGACAGGAUUUGGGUUUUAGAUGGAGGCCUGCCAAGAUGGCGUGCUUCUGGAUAUGAUGUUGAAUCAAGUGCAUCAGGCGAUGCUAUCCUAAAAGCUAGUGCUGCUAGUGAGGCAAUAGAAAAAAUAUCCCACGGGCAGGCGGUUGGACCAAUUACGUUUGAAACCAACUUCCAGCCACAUCUUGUUUGGUCACUUGAACAGGUGCGGAACAAUAUGGAGGAGAAAACACAUCAGCAUGUUGAUGCUCGCUCAAAGGCUAGAUUUGAUGGAGUUGCACCAGAGCCUCGAAAAGGAAUCAGAAGUGGUCAUGUUCCAGGGAGCAAAUGCAUCCCUUUUGGCCAGAUGUUGGACAGCUCGCAAACACUCUUACCUGCAGACGAGCUCCGGAAGAGGUUUGAACAGGAAGGGAUCUCACUGGACCGCCCUGUAAUGACGUCAUGCGGCACCGGUGUGACUGCCUGUAUUCUGGCACUGGGCCUGCACCGGUUGGGGAAGACUGAUGUUCCGGUGUAUGAUGGGUCGUGGACGGAAUGGGGAGCAAAUCCGGACACACCAGUAUCGUCUACUAAGGAGUAGACGGACGACGAAGACGACGACGACGAUGAUGUUUGAAUCCCAUAGUUUUGAUACAUACAUACACCCCAAGAAUGGAAUGGAAUGGAAGGGUGUUUAUUGUUGUGAGGAAGGAGGAAUAGGGAAUGUGAAAAAGACCUGAAAAACCAUCAGAGCUGUUCUUUUCUUAUUUAUUGAACCUUUCACCUGUCAUUUGUUAUAUGUGUGUAUUGCUUAAUAAUCAUGAACCUAGUCAUUUCCUAUAUAUAUUAUUGGAUAUCUAUCUGCCUGUAAAUCUAAUGUUUGUGAUGUGAGUUGCAUGGA